AUGUCCAAAGUAAUUCAAUUAAGAAAAGAACUAUCCAAAAUCUCAACUGGUUACGGUCUAAUGUCCCUAACAUGGAAAGAACCACCAGUCCCUAUGGAUCAAGCUUUCAAAACUAUGCACCAAGUCAUCAAACUUGCUCAAGCUAGAAACCACAAGGCUUUCUUCAACGUUGGUGAAUUCUAUGGGCCAGACUAUAGAAAUUUGACUUAUUGUAAGGAAUUCUUCGCUAAGUACCCCGAUUUAAGAAAAGAUGUAAUCAUCAGUUGUAAAGGUGCUUACGAUGGUAUUAACUUCGUUUGUCAAGGUAAGCAUGAUCAAGUUAUUGAUAGUGUUAAAGCCUGUGUCCAAAACAUUGGUGGUUACAUUGAUAUUUUUGAACCUGCUAGAUUGGAUAUGGAAAUUUGCUCUAAAGAUGAAGUUUAUCCCCGCGAAACUUUCGAAGCUUUAGCUGAAUUGAUCGAAGAAGGUGUUAUCGGUGCCAUGUCUUUAAGUGAAGUUGUUGCUAAAGAAAUUACCGCUGUGCAUAAGGAUUUCGCUAAAUAUUUGGCAUGUGUUGAAGUAGAAUUAUCAAUGUUCACAACAGAUAUCUUACACAAUGAUGUCGCAAAGGUUUGCAGUGAAUACGGAUUGAUUAUUAUUUGUUAUUCUCCAUUGGGUAGAGGUCUAUUGACUGGUCAAAUUAAAACUAAUAAUGAUAUUCCAGAAGGUAGUUAUCAAAAGGCAAUUAGUUGGUUCCAUGGUGAUCGUUUGAAGCAGAAUCUUGUUUUGGUCCAAUUUUUGGAAAAUGAAAUUCGUUUAAAGCGUGACGCUGCCCAUGCAGUUUCUUUGACACAAAUUGCCCUUGGUUGGAUCAAACAUUUCAAUUCCAGAAAAGAAUUCUCAGGUGCUAGAUUCAUCCCAAUUCCAAGUGGUUCCACUUUAGAUAAGAUUGAACAAAAUUUCGAUGAAGAUAAAUGUAAAAUUACUGAUGAAGAAUUUACCAAGAUUGAAGAUUUCUUAAAGAACUUCGAAACUCAAGGUGGUAGGUACGAAUUCGUCCACGAGUAG